AUGGUGAAAAGCAAGGCUUUUGAAGAAAUCGCGGCUCUUGCCGCAGAACGGGUGCUUCUAAUUGAUGGUGCUAUGGGUACUAUGAUUCAAAGAGAACACCUUGAAGAAGAAGACUUCAGAGGAGAGCUUCUGAAGGAUCACGGAAAACCUUUGAAGGGUAACAAUGAUUUGUUGUCGAUCACUCGACCAGACAUCAUCUAUAAAAUUCAUAAGCUUUACUUGGAAGCAGGUGCUGACUUCGUAGAAACAAAUACCUUCUCUGGCACAACAAUUGCUCAAGCUGAUUAUGAUUGUGAGAAUUUGGUUUAUGACAUCAACUACCAGUCAGCUUUAGUGGCUAAGAGAGCUUGUGAAGAUGUUGAAAAGGAAACAGGACGACGAUGUUUCGUAUGCGGAGCCAUUGGACCAACCAACAAGACCUUGUCUAUUUCUCCAUCAGUCGAAAAGCCUGAGUUCAGAAAUAUCACUUUCCAAGAAUUGGUGACUGCUUAUGCUGAACAAGCCAGAGCUUUAAUGAAGGGCGGUGUAGAUGUUCUGUUAGUUGAGACAGUUUUCGAUUCAGCCAAUGCUAAAGCAGCUUUGUUCGCUAUCAGACAAAUAUUCGAAGAUGAAGAGGUUAUGGAAAUACCUGUGUUCCUUUCUGGUACCAUCGUUGAUAUGUCUGGAAGAACUUUGUCCGGACAAACAGGAGAAGCUUUCUUAGUUUCUACUAAACAAGGAGAGCCAGUCGCUGUUGGAUUGAAUUGUGCUCUGGGAGCUAAGGAUAUGAGACAGUUCAUUGAAGCAAUGUCAAACUUCUCCGAUACUUUGAUUCUUUGUUACCCCAAUGCAGGUUUACCUAAUGCUCUCGGAGGAUACGAUGAAACUCCUGAAGAAAUGGCCGAAGUUUUGAGACAGUUUGCUGAGGAUGGACUAAUUAAUAUUGUUGGAGGGUGUUGUGGUACUACCCCAGAUCACAUCAGAGCUAUGUACAAUGCAGUGAAAGGUGUUAAGCCUCGUGUUCCACCUCCAAAUCCUCACGAAGGGCUUAUGCUUCUCUCUGGGUUGGAGCCCAUGACUGUUGGCCCUCAUAGUAACUUUAUCAAUAUCGGAGAACGAUGUAACGUCGCUGGAUCUCGACGUUUCUGUAACUUAAUCAAAAAUGAAAACUAUGAAACAGCAGUAGACAUUGCUCGUAGCCAAGUAGAAAAUGGAGCACAAAUACUUGAUGUAAAUAUGGAUGACGGUUUACUUGAUGGUCCCUAUGCCAUGAGCAAGUUGCUCCGCCUUUUCACCACUGAGCCUGACGUUGCAAAGGUACCUGUUUGCAUCGACUCUUCGGAUUUCUCCGUUAUUAUUGCUGGACUAGAGUCGUAUCAGGGAAAAUGUGUUGUCAACUCAAUCUCUCUGAAAGAAGGAGAAGAAGCUUUCAUUAAGAAGGCUCGUCUAGUUAAGAGAUAUGGAGCUGCUGUGGUAGUCAUGGCCUUCGAUGAAGAAGGACAAGCCGCCGAAACAGAGCGCAAAUUUGAAAUUUGUGAGCGCAGUUACAGGAUUUUAACCGAAGUAGUAGGCUUCAAUCCAUGUGAUAUCAUCUUCGAUCCCAACAUUCUAACCAUCGGAACAGGAAUGGAGGAACAUUCUGACUAUGCCGUUUAUUUCAUCGAUGCCUGCCGUCAAAUCAGAGAAAAUCUUCCAGGAUGUCAUGUAUCUGGUGGAGUUUCCAAUGUAUCUUUUUCGUUCAGAGGAAUGGAGGCUGUACGUGAAGCUAUGCACUCCGUUUUUCUUUACUAUGCUAUUGAUGCUGGUUUGGACAUGGGAAUUGUAAAUGCCGGUGCUUUACCUUUGUAUACAGACAUCGAUAAGGAACUCUUGCAACUCUGUGAAGAUCUUAUUUUCAACAGAGAUCCAGAUGCCACGGAGAAGAUGUUGGUUUUAGCUGCUGGAUUGAAGAAGGGAGACAAGAAACAAGAGCAAGAAGAGGAAUGGAGAAGUUUCAAUGUCGAAGAACGAUUGAAGUAUGCUUUGGUCAAGGGGGUUGAUGCAUAUGUCGUAGAAGACACCGAAGAAGCUAGACUAAAUACAGACAAGUACCCUAGGCCUUUGAACGUUAUUGAGAGACCUUUGAUGGACGGUAUGUCUGUCGUUGGAGAACUGUUCGGAGCAGGAAAAAUGUUCUUGCCUCAAGUUAUUAAGUCUGCUCGUGUUAUGAAAAAAGCUGUAGCCCAUCUCAUUCCGUUCAUGGAUAAAGAAAGAGAAGAAAACAUUAAGUUACUAGGUCUAGCCGAAGAUGAGAGUCCAUACCAAGGAACAGUUGUACUCGCUACUGUGAAAGGAGAUGUCCACGACAUUGGCAAGAAUAUUGUCGCUGUUGUUUUGGGUUGUAAUAACUUCAAGGUCAUCGAUAUGGGUGUUAUGGUUCCUUGUGAGAACAUCAUGAAGGCUGUCGUUGAACAUAAAGCAGACUUUGUUGGAUGUUCUGGUUUGAUCACUCCAUCUCUUGAUGAAAUGGUUCACGUAGCAAAAGAAAUGCAACGUUUGGGCAUGAAAAUACCUCUCUUGAUCGGUGGAGCUACAACCUCAAAAACUCAUACAGCUGUCAAGAUCGCUCCACGUUAUAGUUUCCCCGUGGUGCAUUGUUUGGAUGCUAGUAAAUCUGUUGUUGUGUGCUCUUCAUUAUCCGAUCUGGCAUGUCGUGAGGAGUUCAUUAAUGACACACGUGAAGAAUACGAAGAGGUCAGACAAGAAUACCUUGACUCUGUUAAAGACAGAAGAUUCACUGCUCUUGAUGCAGCUCGUGGCAAGAAAUUGAAAAUAACAUGGGAAAGCUUCACACCAACAAAGCCGCAAUUUGUUGGACGUCGAGAGAUUAAAGAGCUGGAUCUGAACAUCCUCAUUCCAUACAUUGAUUGGAAGCCAUUCUUCGAUAUUUGGCAAUUACGUGGUAAAUAUCCCAACCGAUCUUACCCUCGAAUUUUCAACGAUGCAGAUGUGGGUGAGGAAGCCAAGAAAGUGUUUGAUGAUGCACAAGUGUGGCUCAAAAAAAUUAUUGACGAAAAAAUACUCAUAGCAAAUGCAGUUCUUGGCUUUUAUGAAGCUGGAUCUGUUGGGGACGACAUAGAGUUGUACGAAAAUGGUGAGAAGAAGGCGACUUUCUUUGGAUUAAGACAACAGUCAGGCAGAGAACAUGAUCAGCCUCAUCUAUGUAUUAGUGACUUCAUAAAGCCUCUCAACAAUGGAAAAGCUGAAGAUUAUAUUGGAAUGUUUGCUUGUACCGCUGGUUUAGGAGCUGAGAAAUACUGUGCUCAGCUCGAGAAAGAUCAUGAUGAUUAUCACAGUAUCAUGGUCAAGGCUUUGGCCGACAGAUUGGCUGAAGCUUUUGCUGAAUAUCUUCAUCGCCAAAUUCGUAUCGAAACUUGGGGUUACUCUAAAAAUGAGGACUUAGCACCUGAGGAUCUCCUUUCUAUUAAAUACGAGGGUAUCAGACCAGCUCCUGGAUAUCCAACACAACCUGAUCAUAAUGAAAAACGCACACUAUGGGACUUAUUACAGCCUACUGACUUGGGACUUGUUUUAACUGAGCACUUGGCUAUGUUGCCAGCAGCUUCAGUCUCCGCUCUUUGUUUUGCAAAUCCCAAGAGUGAAUAUUUCGUGGUCGGAAAGAUAGACAAAGAUCAAGUUGUUGAUUAUGCGCGAAGAAGAAAUUGGACAGAAGAAGAAACUGAGAGGUGGUUGUCACCAAUUCUCGGAUAUGAAUGA